AUGAGACACGUUGUCCAGAGCGUCAGCGAAGGGAAUGCUGCGCGCUGGCAAUCCAUGGUGGUGGAGCCACAGCCCCCGCAGCCGACGGCACCGGCGCCGGCGCCGGCGCCGGCGCCCGCUGCGGCAGGAUCCAGCGACUGCGCCAGCCCAAGAUCUCCAGACAUCAGCACCACUGCUUCCUCCUCCCCGCCGCCGGAGGAGUCGUCCCCAUCCGGGCGCGGGGUGGUUCUGGAGCUGCCUGCUGCGGAUGUGGAGAGGCUCGGUCCGCACGCCUUGGACUUCCUGGAAGCCGCGGCGUGCCCCAGUCGCGGCUGGUGGGGCACUUUGGGGCAGGUCCUAGGCCGGCGCUGGCUCUUUUCCUCCCUGCGCGGCGUGGUCGAUGAGCUGACUCUGGUGGUGCCUGUGGACCUAGACCCGUGGGAGGUGACUUGGGACUUUAGCCAGAACCUGAAGUUGCCCAGCAUGCGCUUCGCUGUGGUGCUUCAUCUGGACGUCAGCGCCAGCUGCCGGUUUUCCCGUGUGUCCGCGGCUUUUCCGGAAGAGCUCACCCUCAACGUGGCUCGCUGCCUGCAGGAGCAAAUUCAGCAGUGGGACUUGCGAGAGAUCGACCCACGCUUCGCGGGCUUCACGCAGCCUGCCCGUGUCACUUUUGAUUUGGAGGCAGAAUGGAUUUCCCAGCAGAUGUUGAGACUCACCACGAAGAAUCUCGGCUCUCGUUUGGACCUACCGGCCUCCUGA